AUGUCCCUCUCUGUAGACAACACUGGUAGCCGCACAUUACACUCCCGAGCAGAGACAACUCCAUCGUCACCCACCAACAACGCUGGGAAUGGACACCCGGAAUACAUCGCGUAUGUGCUCGUCCCUGUUUUCUUCGUCAUGGGUCUCCUUGGUGUCCUCAUCUGCCACUUACUUAAGAAGAAAGGCUAUCGGUGUACAACAGAGGCGGAACAGGAAGUUGAAGAGGAAAAGGUGGAAAAGAUAGAGUUGAAUGACAGUAUAAAUGAGAACAGCGACACCGUUGGGCAGAUUGUCCACUACAUUAUGAAAAAUGAAGCGAAUGCAGAUAUCUUGAAAGCCAUGGUAUCUGAUAACAGCGUGGGCGAAGUUGAAAGCCCUGUCACUCCUAGCACGCCAGGGAGCCCACCUGUGAGUCCUGGGCCUCUGUCACCAGGGGCCACCCCAGGGAAGCAUGUCUGCGGUCACCAUCUGCACACAGUGGGAGGUGUCGUUGAACGGGACGUGUGCCAGCGCUGCAGGCACAAGCGAUGGCACUUCAUAAAACCUACCAACAAGACGAAAGAGGGUCGACCACGGCGACAAGGCGAGGUCACAGUCCUCUCUGUGGGCAGGUUCAGAGUCACGAAAGUGGAACACAAGUCCAACCAGAAGGAGCGCAGAAGUUUGAUGUCUGUCAGUGGGAUUGAGAGUGUAAACGGGGAUGUGCCUGUGACACCUGUGAAGAGGGAACGAAGUGAUACAGAAUAGCCGCAGCUGCUUGCUGUCUUGAAGAGUUCCAAGAGACUCCGAACUUUCGAGAUAUGAAUUUGCCUGGGGAAUAUUUUUAUAUAUUUUAUACAGUUUCUAUCAUGAAGUCAAUGGGCAUGUGGAUCAAACCCAAAAGGGAAUAUUUUUGCUAUGCAGGACACAGAAUCCAGUUUGCUUUGAAACAAGUUUUGGGGCUUAAAAGGUGUGAUGAAAAUUUACACUUGUGGACCGUCCCGGCCAUCACGGUUCCUGGUUGCACAUUCCUGGCUGUUCUGUAUACAGGAGGCUCCUCCCUUGGAAUCACGGCAUCAGGAACAGUGGAGCCAUUUACAGCCUGAGCUUGUGUCUGUGUGCCCACGUCUGUUACCGAGCCCCAGAUUUCAUUUUGACGUGAGAUCUUCAUACACACAGUUGGGUUGUUACAGAAGACUCUUGCCUGCAAAAGGUCCUUGGAAACGUGGAGUGCUCAGAAGCUGGUUCCCCAGGACGUCGUGGGAUCAGAUGGAACCACAGGUACCCUGCACUUCAGAUUCCUGGACCAAGAAUUCAGCACUGACUCCUGCUUCCGUCAGCCUGCUCCUGUCAGUCUCUGGUCACUUAGAAGAUACAGAGACUAUUGCUGUUUUUAUUUAACUUAAUCUACACAGUUGUCCUGUAGUCUAAUUGAGUAAAAGGGAAAAUGGCUUAAAGUCACUCUAAAAAAAACUGUUUUGACAACCAAAGGCUAAAACAAAACACUCCUCUCCUAUGCAGACAAGCCCUUGCUAGACCUGGGCUGUUUUACUCAGGAUCCUGCUGUAACUGAUGCUUAGUAAUGGCUUCCUAGGAAGAUCCCAAGUUCAAGGCUUCGUGGGCUACUGAGAGUUCAGGGGAUAGCCUGGGUGACUGAGCCAGACCCUGUCUUCCAACAAAAAAAUGAAAAGAGAGCUGGGGUAUCACUCAGCAGUGGAGGGCUUUCGGGCAGGUUCCACUACUCCUAGAGGCUUCCUGCCCUUAGGGCUCCCUCUUGGCUUUAUUUUAUGGAACACCUGAAAGUGAGGCAGAUUUUAUGCCCUACUUCCAUUGGUGAUGCAUUAAGUACUGGGUGUGGUUUUGUUUCUGUUUUUAAUUUGGCUGUACAAAAAUAAAAUAGAAACAAAAUUUAAAAAGGGUUUAAAAAAAAUAUAAACCCCAGGGCAUUUUCUGUAAAAAAGGAAAAAAGAUUCUGUUUCUGGACACAAAGUAACUUUUUUUUUUUUUCAAACAUUUUAUGUGAGUGGUAGAUGCAGUUUGAUGUGAACCUACACUGGCAGCUAGUCACUGGUAUGUGUGUUGUGUCUACAAAGCUGAGAAGCCAGUGUGGAUGUCAGGUUCUCUGUGGUCCAGGAAGUAGAGUCUGUAUUCAUGGGAGUAAUGUUUGAGCAGCUAAGCCAAUAUUUUUACUUAAACAAACAAACGAACGAACAAACAAACUCUAUACAUUUUGCAAAAGAAUAUACAUUUUGCAAAAACGAAAUGAUGUACUUUAAAUGGUGAUGGGCUAAUAUGUAAGAUAUUCUUCAGCUUUAAUUAUUUUUAAAUUUUAUUCAGUGUGUAGCACUUUCUAUAGCAAUAAAAAACAAAAAAAAAUAAAUAAACAAAGAUAUUUAAGAUUGUAUUUAUAUACCAAGAGUACAUUUUAAACAUUUUCUAAUACUUGAGCAGAUGGGUGACUGGCUUCCAGGGAUGCCAAAAAUUAAGCAUUCAAUAUGUUCAACACAUAAGCUUUGUCCUGGUUUGCACAGUCUGAUGGAAUCCUGAGUGUUCCCAGCACAGUUGAUAUUUACCGUCCCUCCUCCUUGCUCCUCUGUCAGAAGUACUGAGGAUUCUAGAUAAGUUGACUGUCCACAGCACUAAUGAUGGAUCACUUCUUGGGGUAACAAAUGAAUUGGUUGCCACCACGAUGUAAAAAUUUUGUAAAGGAAAAAUUUCGGUUUCCAGUGUCAAAUGUAUUUUUAACUGUCUGGUUUGUACUUUUUAUGAAUUUUGUACUACCAAAGCAGAGUUAAAAAUAAAAGCAUUAAACCAGCGUGUUUGAAUGAG